AUGGGCUACGAUCAUCCCAGUAGCACAAAUAAUAGUUCUAUCGCUUUUCAAAAACCUUUUCGGACUUUUGCUUAUCAACGUCAACCGGUGAUAAAACUUUUUACUGUCACUCAAACCCGUAUUUAUUCUUCUAAACAAAAAAAUGGAUCCAUUGCUAAACUGGAACUUAAAUCAGAAAACAAUAAUCUACUUAUAAUAACAACUUCUGCUUUUAUAAGUCUCGGGGUUUAUCAAUAUUAUACAUCUUCAAUUUAUAAAUAUCCCGAAGAAAUUAGAAAAAAUCUUCAGAAAGGAUUAUUCUAUCAGAAUUACCGUAAUGAUCCUAAUCGUGCAGUAAAUUUCUAUCAAACAGCUUUAACUCAAGCGUUUAAUCAUAAAGAAUUAGAUAAUACAUCACCUGAAGUUACAGGAAUAAUGAUUCAGUUAGGUGGCCUUUAUGAGGAACUUGACAGGACGCGUGAUGCUAUUGAUGUUUUUACUAUGGCAUAUGAUGUCAUUGUCACACCAAAUAACACUAGUAAUAAUACUAAUAACAUUCCGGUAAAAUUAGUAAAAUUGGAAGGAGAAAAUAAAAUUAGAUCAAUUGCUCUCGCGCAAAAAUUGGGGGAUUUACAUAAAAGUUUAAAACAAUAUGAUCAAGCCGAAAAAUAUUAUGUUUGGUCUGUAGAGCAAUUACUUCAAUCACAAGCAGAAAUUAUUCAAUCAAAUUUUCAUAAAAGUGAUAUUCCAUGGGAAAUUUUUUCAAGAAGAAAUGAUGUAGUAACACUUCCAUCAUGGAUGACAUUAACUGACUUAGGAGCGUCACUCGAAGCAUUAGCAUCUUUUUACUCUUCACAACAUAAAUAUUCUUAUGCACUCCCACUUUAUCUUCGUGCAUUAUCUUUGAUCAAUCCACCUGAAUCUUCAUGUCAUUCAGCCGUUCUAAUGAACAACAUAUCAGAAGUGUUCUCGGGAAUGGGUAAUUUAGAAGAAGCACAAGGGUGGGCAGAACGUGGUCUUAAACUUGCAGAAAAUUUCCGACCUAAAAAGAAAACCACUAAAGAAUGUGAAGAAAGUCAAGGAGUAUUAUUAUUUAAUUUAGGAAUGAUAUCAGAAGCACAACUUUUUGCAAAACGGAUUCAUUUUGAAGAUUGUAUAAAUGAAGCAGAACACGCAUUGCAAAGGGUCAAAAACUUAACGAAGGAAAAAGAAACAUAA